AGUAUACAUAUAAUGUGGCGAACAUGCUACAACCGUCCGUGAAGAAAGUGAAACUGAAACGAAAAUGAAGUUAACCCCGCGGCGUUUCGGUCUAUUAUAGAAACGAAUAAACAAUCGGUUACUUAUCUCUCUGAAAAACAAUAGGACGAUAAAGCGUCGCUGAAUUUAUACACCGUGGCCGCGUACAAAUACGCUACGAUGACGGUGUGGAGCGAGGUUACUGGGAUGGAUUAGGACAACGCAAAACACAAAGUAAAAGACUAUCAAGAAGAGAGGUUGUGUCUCACUUGUUUUCUCUCCUGUUAUGAGCGUGGCGCGCGUGAAUUAGAUACGAAUCUACGUGAUAAUUUCAAUUUCGGCUUUUUUUUUCAAAUUUUUUGUGUCUGUAAUUUUUUUGUAUUGAAAAAAUAAUAAAAAGUGUUGUAAUCAACACGACGAGGGAUAAUUUUACAUUGGUUAUAGAAAGUAACUAAAAGUCGUAAAUAAUGUCGAAUUGAGCAAGUUUACAUCGGUUGCGGUUCGAGUUUCUUAAUAAUACAAAAUCGAAAUGGCGCUACUCGAAGCAAGGCCUUUUAGACCGUUCAAAUCUAGCGAAGAGUAUCUCUACGCGAUGAAAGAAGAUUUGGCAGAAUGGUUGCAAACUAUGUAUCCACAUCUGAAUAUAGCUGUCGAUAAUUUUAUGGAAAAAUUGGAAACUGGCGUGGCCUUAUGUGAGCACGCGAAUGCGGUAAAAGCUCAAGCUCAAGAAUAUGCGGAGAGGAAACAAGCAAAGAAAAUUAUGACGAGAUCUGUGACCGGUUCUCUCGCAGUUGCCCAAGCACUUAUACAAAUAGUAGAUGUCAAAUAUUUCAACACGGCCAAACCAGGCACGUUUUUCUCAAGAGACAACGUCAGCAACUUUAUCAAUUGGUGUCGUAAUUCCUUGAAAAUAAUUGAAUGUCUGUUAUUCGAAACAGACGAUUUGAUAAUGCGAAAAAAUGAAAAACAUGUAAUUCUAUGUUUAUUGGAAGUUGCCAGGAGAGGUGCCAAAUUUGGUAUGUUGGCACCAAUAAUAGUCCAAAUGGAACGACAAAUCGAUAGAGAAAUAGCAGCCGAUCAAAGGAAAUCAGGUGUAAAUUUCAACGAAGGAUUAGACAACCAUAAUGGUAUUGACGACGAUAGCGAUAGCGAUAUAGAAGACGAAGAAACCGUUCUUAUGUACGGACCUAUGCCACAAAUCAUUACCAACGACCUCAAAAGCUUGGAUGAGAUGGUUAGGGAUUUAGUUGAAAAAUGUACCUGCCCCACCCAGUUUCCCAUGAUAAGGGUAUCUGAAGGAAAAUAUAGGAUUGGAGAUACCAAAGUACUUAUUUUUGUUAGGAUUCUCCGUAAUCACGUGAUGGUUAGAGUCGGAGGGGGAUGGGAUACACUGUCACAUUAUUUGGAUAAACACGAUCCGUGUAGAUGUAGAACGCAACAUAGAACUACCCAAGGAGCGAAAUUGGUAAAUAAACCAGGAGCAAUAGAUUUACAUGGAUCCCAUGUUUACUAUGAAAGAUCACAAGCAACAAAUAACGACUCAUUCAAUGUAUGCAACGGCUCCAGUGGUCCUCAUUCUUUAGGUCCCCCGAUGAAUUCUAUAAAUCGAUCUCGAUCUCGUUCACCUAAGAGAUCACUCAGUCCGAAUCUUUCUACGAGAAGAUCCCUGGCGCCGCCUUUAAACAGGUCUAGAAGUCCUACACCGAAUUACACGUCAAAUCUUAAUACGAAACUUUCAACGAAUAGAAGUCCACAACAUAAAAAUAACUAUGGUCCACAAUCUUUGCCAAUAUCACUCAAUAGCUAUCGGCCUAAAAAUAUUGUCAGUAGUAUGCAAAUUCCAGUAGAUUCCAAGGUUCUAAAAUCAGAAGUUAGUUUACACGUAAAUGAUACAGAUCAUAGCGACACUACUUCAGAAAUGUCCGAUGAAGGUUACAGAAGCUUAGGUCUUAUACACGAUAGAACCAAACAAAGAUCAUCUCUUUAUAGUCAAAAUUCCACAGAAGAUGCUGAAGAAACUGAGCAUCAAGUUUAUACAGACGACGAUCUUAACGAAUUUGGUCUUAGAAGAACCCACUUUUCGCAAAGAAUUUAUGGGAAUGAUAUGAAAACUACAUUAGAAAAGAAUCUCCAAUCGAUGGAAAAACUUUCUGAAUCCUCAAGUACCUCUCCCGAAACGACAACUCACGAAACGUUAAUUAAAAAGAAAGAAAAGUCAUUUUCUUUGACCAAGGACGACGCACAAAUUAAGAAGAAAUCUUUUAGCAGAACCAACAGUGCAGAAGUUAAAGGAGACAUUCAAAUUCAGAAAAGUCCAAAGAAAACACCGUCUCAAGUCAGAAAGGGUGAUUCUAGGAUUAACACCUGGAGUGGAAGACCUCGACAAUCCAGACCGAGUAUUGGACAAGAUACUUUCGUCCAACCGUUUGCUAGAAAUUCACCAGUGCGAAGAAGCGUCUCGGGUCUAACAGAACGAAGAUCUUCAUCUACAAAUACAUCCCCUACAAAAACUAAAUUAAAACAGGAACUUCUACAAGUCGUAUCCCAAGCAAGUUCAGAUGAAGAUGCAGCAUUGCAAGUCCAAAUAUUGCUCAAGAAAUUCGGCAGUUUAAACACUCUAAACGACGAGGACAAAUAUACAUCAUUGGGUCCGAUAAGAAAUUCGCCGGAAAGAAUGUCAAUUAGAAGCCCCAGAAAGGAUUCUCGACCUGAAAAUCAUAUUUCGAGAAUACCGGCUCCGAAAGCUACAAAAUUAUAAAUUUAAACACAGAAUCAAUAGAAAAUAUCAAUUUGAAUAAUUGUUUAUGAAAUAUUUAUGUUGAUAUUUUGGUGUGAAAAUGAAUAAUCUAAUCUAAUCUAACCAGUCCAAACCAAACUUAUAUCUCCCUGUACAGGCUGGAUGUGGUUCAAGACCGUAAUUCUAAACAAAUUCCCUCUGGAAUUUCCUAUGCAAUAACUAUCAUUUGAUCAUACAAGCAUUUAUGGUCCAGGAAAAAAUAGGGCCACCACUUUUUUGGACUUUAUUCCAUUCGUAUAUGUGGGUAUAAAUUGGUCAAAUCGUUUCAUCGGAUAUGAACUAAAAUCGUUUAAAUCGAGAUUCUUUUUGAAAUACCAAUUCGCGAAUUUUGAGGCCCUAGAACACAUUAAAACUGUAUUAUUGUCAUUUAAUCAGACCAUAAUUCUCAAGAAAAUGAAUGUUUAUAUUCUGUAGAGGUGGUUUUUUUUAUAAUUUACUCUAUUCCCUCAAUAUAUCAAAAAAUAUAAUUUUUUUUCACAUAUUGUGGAUCAUAAUUCAAUUUUUUUACCCUAAUAGAACGAAGGAUUCAUGAAUAUGCAAAAAAUAGCUCUGUUUGAAAAAACUAACUUUUCUUUUUCUAUAAAGAAAUUCACAAUGAGUCUCAUGAUAUUGUCAACCACAACGCAUGUUAAUUUUUUCACCUUCACGCCCUUUUAACCUUGAAAGUUUCUCUUAAAACGUGGUGUCCCUACUCCUACAGGACUUUUUGUUAAUUUUAAUCAAGUUAUGUUCUCAAUAUAUAAAAAAAUAUAAUUUUUUUUUCACAUAUUGUUCCUAAUAGAACGGAGGAUUCAUACUAGCUCUGUUAGAAAAAUAUAACUUUUAUUUUUCUAUAAAGAAAUUCCCAUUGUCAACCAAACAGCAUGUUCAUUUUUUUCCCUUCACACCCUUUUAACCUUGAAAGUUUCUCUAAAAACUGAAAAUGUUUCAACUUCAGUUGCAGUUGGGUUAAAUCAAGAUUAUAUACUGAAAUUACUUUACUUAACAUGUAACAAGUUUAAUAUUUUUUUUCAUUUUUCAUAUAUAGAAUCAUAAUAAUAAUAAUAAUCCAACUAUUACUUGGAAUAUCAAAGAAAUAAUAUGUCCUUCACUAUAAAUAUCAACAUAUUUAUUUUAUUUAGUACUCGUUUGCAUUAAAUGCAUUUAAUAUUAACGUAAUAUACUUUUUUGAAUUAAAUUUUAUGCAAAUACACCCAUUAAUGUAUACCACAUUUUGCUCUAACGAGUUAUGUUACAUAAGUUUUUGUUAUUUUGUUUAGAUAUUUAGAAAGAAAAAACAAAGUUUCGCUUUAUUUAAGUUGCCUAUAUGUACCUCUAUCAAGAGGCUUUAAUUUUUAUAUAAAUACCUACCCCUACUUGUUUAAAAAUUCCUAUGGUGCUAUUCUUUUUCAUUAGGUAGGUAGAUAAGUUAGAUGUAGAUUUUUUUAUAUAGAAACGAUACUGACAUUAAUAAAAUAUACAUAGUGUGGACAAAAAUGGUUUAUUACUUGACAAUAAACUAAAAAGCUUUUUAUUCUAGAAAGCUUUUAAUUGCUAAAGCUUAAAGCUUCACUUCUACUAGUUAUUAGUUUAAUUAAUAUCAAAAUUUCUUUAUUAUCCAUUUAAACCUAUUCUUCAUUAGUGAUCUGUUUCAUAUCAGUUUAAAAUUUGCAAUUUUAUUCAAUAUUUUCAUUUAUAUUAAGGAAAGUUUUCAAUCAUCAAAACUAAUAGUUUUUCAAAAUAGAAAUUUCAAGAGAUGAUCAGUUUUUGAGUAGCUUGGACCCUUUCUGAUGAAAUGACUUCAAAAUAUGUUAAUAGGUUUGUUCUUGGUAGCUGCACUGGAACUGUACUGAACUGGUCCAGUGCAGGAUUCAUGAGUUCAUGAGAAUUAGAUCGAUGGGAUACAAAGAACAAUAUAGUUUGUAGUAUUAAUAAUAAUGGAAAACGAUUGAAUACUUUUUGAUGUAUUACCACCGUUUCCAGAUUACACUUAUUGCACUGCACUGGCUGAACUGACUCUAGACCCAGUGCAAGCAGUACAGUUAACUGGGUGAACUAGUUCUCUUGCACUGCUACUAAGAACAGUGACGCUAGCACUGGUUCUGCUACAAAGAAGGCUUUAGUGUACACAUAAUGAACUAGUUCUGACAGUGAAGCUACCAAGAACAAACCUAAUUAAAAAUUAAAAGACAAACUUAUUUAUUUAACCAUAAUUCGUCUUUUCUUUCUACUACAAGAAAUAAGUGUGAAGAUAUUCUCGGAUUUCUAUUACGAAUAUUUUUUCACAAAAUAAACUAAACUUUUGAAAAAAAUGUUAAUAGAGAUAAGAUUCUGAACAGAAGAUCCAAAAAAUAAAAAGAAAUUAUUAAAUUAUUACCGAGUUCACUUAAUUAGUAAACAAUUGGCUAAAAAUUGUGGUUCAACUAUAUUUUAUUGCCUCAAAGUUAUAGUUUUCUCCAAUACAUGUUUACUCUGAAGGAAUUUUAUUCGUUUUAUUAUUGAAUUUUCUCAAAGCAAAUGCAAAUAAUCAAACAAUUAGCCUUAAAAAACCAUUUUUGUUAUUUCUAUUUUUAUACAACAUAAAUACUAAUCAGGAAUUUUUAACAAAUAAAAAAUACAUGAAUAUAUGAUAAAGUAUUAAAAUCAGUAUAGUUUCAAAUUUUUUAUUUUAGAAAAAUUUGGACUAGUGAUACUAAAAAUUAGCUGGACAAUUUUGUAACCCUAUUGAUUUUUAACCCUAGAUAUUUAUAUACAAAUUAUUUAGCAAUACAUUUUUAAUAAAUUUCAAA